GGCGGGCGGGCGGCGCGGGUUGCCAUGGCGGCGGCGGCAGCGGCGGGCGGAGGUUUGGCGCCGCCGUUCUGGGUGCUGCGCUGCUGCUCCUGCCGCCGCUUCCAAGUGCAGCAGGCCAAGCGGAGCGGGAAGUGGAGCUGCUGCGUCUGCGGCCAGCGGCAGGCAGUGCAGAAGAUUUACGGCCAAGGGUCUGGUCGGGACUGCAGGCACCAUGUCCAGAAGUUAAACUUGCUACAGGGCGAGGCUGAGGAGGCAGCCGGCUGGACGUCCUGGGGCAGAGAAGACUUUGUAAAGGACAGCAACAAUACAGCACCCCAAAGUGAAGACAGUUUGGUACAGCAGGAGGGAAGGGCAGAAGUCAGUCGCUGGAGUAAAUAUUUAGACAAGGACAGUGAAGAUGAGGAGGAAGAAGAGGCAACGUCAGAAAGGCAGCAGUUCUGUUCCUGGAGGAAGAACACUGUGGAGGGGCAAAGGAAACACCAGAAGGGUUUCCUCAGUGACGUUCAGGAGCAUGCAGAAGAAUAUGAAGUUUUCCAGCUUGCCUCCCAAUCCAAAAAGCGCAGGAAGUGUUUGCUAGCAGUGCCUGAUCGAGAUGAUGGAGAUGCACUUUCUGAAGACAGAGCGGUUCCUGCUGUCUGUGAGUCUGUAGUGCCUAAGGAGACUACACCAACCCCAAGUGCUUGUACCAAGCCCUCCAAGUGGGACAAAUUUCUGUCCUAUUCUGACAGUUCUAGCGACCAUGCUGCCAGAGCCACUCUGUCACCACAGGAGGGCAGUGAAAAGUUGGGGUUGCACAGCACCACUGCAGCAGAUGUGGCCAGUAGGUGCGCAGAACAGCGUGGAAGAGCUCUAAUUCCAGGUACUAGUUUUCAGUUUAAGGAGUGUGGUGUUAGCACUCAGCAACUUGCCUCGAACCUGCCUGGCACCAGUUGCUCAGUUGAGGAGGAUGCAUUGUGCAAGGAACCUCAAAGCCAAUUGCUAAGGGCAGGACCUGGUGAUGUAGAGAGCAGUGCUGAAAGGUGCACAAGCAGGCCAAAGCUCAGCAGUGUUUCUUGUAAACAGUUCUUCUGCAUAGGUGAUGAGUUUGAUGAUGAUCUCUGAAAAGUUCUGGCCACCUCUAGCCUUGCUUUCUUGUUUGUAAAGUGUUUAUUAUGUUCUGAGGCACAAUUUUGAACUGAAGGUGGCUCUAAGUCUCACAGGACUGCACUAUUAAAGCUGUUUACUUCC